AUGGAGGUGUGGGACUUCGAGCGGAUUGCGAGUACGCCCCUGUUGGCCGCCGCGUUCGAGGACUAUUCUAAGAGGGCGCUUUGCCACGAGUCGGUGCUCUUUCUGAGCGAGGUUUCUCGGUACCAGAACAAUAACUACCCCAUGCCGACAAGAGCAUCUUCCGCUUCAUCUCCGAGAAUUCAGUUUGGUUCGUUCUGCUAUAUCACGGAUACCUUCAUCAAGGCCGGCUCACCUGAGGAAGUAAACAUAAGGAUGAUAUUUUCGCGAGCGCAUCGGGACGUUAAGAAUAUGCUGGAAGCCAACCUGGUCCUCCGCUUCCUCAACACGGACCGCUUCAAGAACGUGAGGGUGCAAAGAGAGAAUAUGAAGGCCAUGAUGGGCUCCCCACCCCCACAGGAGGGACAGUAG